AUGGUAGUGUGUUGUGGUAGUGGUAAUGGUAGUGGUAGUGGUAAUGGUAGUGGCAAUGGUAGUGGUAAUGGUAGUGUUAAUGGUAGUGGUAAUGGUAGUGGUAAUGGUAGUGAUAAUGGUAGUGUUAAUGGUAGUGGUAAUGGUAGUGUUAAUGGUAAUAGUAACGGUACUGGUAAUGGUAGUGGUAAUAGUAAUGGUAGUGGUAAUGGUAGUGGUAAUGAUAGUGGUAAUGGUAGUGGUAAUGAUAGUGGUAAUGGUAGUGGUAAUGGUAAUGAUUUGCAAUGUCAUUGCUGGAUGAUGCCCAUAAGGAAAUCCCACAAGUCGCUUCGUCUAACAAUUAAAGUCAACAAAACGAAUUUACUUUAA